AUCAUGUUGAGGUUGAGACAUCCUAAUGUUGUUCUUUUCAUGGGAGCAGUCACUCAUCCACCAAAUCUUUCUAUACUGACAGAGUAUCUUCCAAGCCCUGUUUAUUUGUAUGCACGGGAAGUUUAUACAAGCUGCUGCAUCGACCAAAUAAUCAACUCGAUGAAAAGAAGCGACUGCGGAUGGCUCUUGAUGUUGCCAAGGGGAUGAAUUAUUUGCACACAAGCCAUCCUAUUAUUGUGCUUCGAGAUCUCAAGACUCCAAACCUUCUUGUUGAUAAAAACUGGGUUGUUAAGGUUUGUGAUUUUGGCUUAUCACGAAUGAAGCACAAUACUUUCCUGUCUUCAAAAUCUACUGCUGGAACGGCGGAAUGGAUGGCCCCUGAGGUUUUGAAAAAUGAACCAUCCAAUGAGAAGUCCGAUGUGUACAGCUUUGGCGUGAUAUUGUGGGAGUUGGCAACUUUACGUGUGCCAUGGACUGGGAUGAACUCAAUGCCGGUUGUUGGAGCUGUUGGAUUUCAAAAUAGACACCUUGACAUUACAGAGAAGAUUGAUCCAAUGGUUGCAGAGAUAAUAACAGAUUGUUGGCAUUGGUAAGUCGUCAGUUUUGUA